UCUCUCUCUCCUCAUGUCUCUCGCAGUGCCCUCUCGCCCAGAGGUGUGUGUAGAGGCGUGUAUGACUGAGUGUGUGUGUAUGUGAGCCGGAGCAUCAGGAGCCAUGUCGGACCCCAGGGACAUCGAUGAGGACGCCAUCCUCAAGGGCCUCAGUGCUGCGGAGCUGGAUCAGCUGGAGGAUGAGCUGCAGGAGAUGGACCCCGAGAAUGCCAUGCUGCCCGCUGGCUUCCGGCAGCGUGACCAGACGAAAAAGGCCCCAACGGGGCCCUUUGACCGUGACGCCCUGCAGCAGCACCUGGAGAAGCAGGCCCUGGAGCACCCGGACAGGGAGGACCUGGUGCCCUUCACUGGGGAGAAGAAAGGAAGGGCCUUCGUGCCAAAGAAAGCUCCGGAGAUUCCUGCACACGAGCAGGUGAUCCUGGAGCCAGAGCUGGAGGAGGCUCUGAAGAACGCCACUGACGCAGAGAUGUGUGAUAUUGCAG